UGAUGUCGGAAUCAAAGGGUCCUGCUCCACGUACAAAUUCACAUACUAUAUUGUAUCUAUAUUUAUCUAUCACAGUGACCUGUGACAUUCAGUGAUCACAACUCUAAAAUAUGUAGAUAUUCCACAUUCAAAUUCGAUUCCGCUAACAAAAAUAAAGUCAAGUCCAACAGAAAAUAGUUCAGGAUAAAGGAUAAGCAAAACGGAACAACAAAGGAACAAGUGGCCAGCGAUCAUCACCAGCCGCAGCAGCAACAGCAGCACCAGCACCAUCAGCAGCAGACAGCGGAUCAACUCGUCCUGGAUAUCAGCAUGGAGCAGUCACAGUCGCAGCAGCACCGCCUCUAUGGCGCCCUCACACGCACCAUCUCACAGCCGGCUCAACAGCGCCACCCUCUGCACCAGCAGCAGAUCCAACAACAGCAGCAACAGCAACAGCAGCAGCAGCAGGGUGUUGCCUCCUUGGUGACCAUCAUUGAGAAUCUGGGGAAUAUGAAUCUGCACCGUAAGCUCGAGCGCACACAGUUGGAGCCGCUGCUCCAACAGCCCAUGAACAUAUCUCGCUACAAGACGGAGCUGUGCCGCCCGUUCGAGGAGGCCGGCGAGUGCAAGUACGGAGAGAAGUGCCAGUUCGCGCACGGCUUCCACGAGCUGCGCAACCUGCAGCGCCAUCCCAAGUACAAGACAGAGUACUGCCGCACCUUCCAUAGCGUCGGCUUCUGCCCCUACGGGCCGCGCUGCCAUUUUGUGCACAACGCGGACGAGGCCCGCGCUCAGCAGCAGGCCGCAGCCCAGGCGGAAGCGGAUUGGGAGGACAGGCCAAGCAGAUGCUGCAGAAGAGCAUGAGCACGCCGAUGCAGCAGGAGAAGAUGCCGCGCUUGCCCGUCUUCAACCGCCUGAGCUCUGCCGUGGAGGACUACCAGCAGAAGCUUCAGUCCAGCCUACUGCCCUAAGCAGCUCCAGCAUCAGGAUCGAACACAACUGUACAUGAAUUUUGUUACAUGCUGAAACAUGCCUAUUUAUGCUUCCAUUGCAACACAACUGUGUAUUUUUAUAUAGUAAAUUACAUUUUUAUGAAGUGAAAACCAUUUAGUUUACGGCGAAUUUUAGGUUAUUUAGCCAUUAAAUGAAAGCGUUACAAAAUAAAUGAAACAAAAAAAA